AGGCAAAGGACGAACGAGCCAACGACCCACAUUCGCCAGCCAAAGGUCCCCGCAGCAGCAACAUGCAGAGUUCUGCCGCCUCGGCCAUCGACCAGAUCCUCAGCUACGAGAAGAGCGAGCACGAAGACUACUACAAAAUCCUCGGCGUCGACGAGUCGUCGUCGGUGGAGCAAAUCAGCGCCGAGUACAAGGCCAGGGCCCUCCAGCUGCACCCUGACAAAAACGACGGCGACAAGGAAAGUGAGGCAAAAUUCCAGUUACUCAAGGAGGCGAGGGAUGUGCUCAGCGACCCCGAGAAAAGAACCCUCUACGACAAGUGGCGAGGCAGCGGCAUCGCCAUCAGCUACAAACAGUGGAUGAGCAUGAAGGACAGCGUCCAGCAGUCAAUGCACUGGAGCGUCCCGAAGACCAAAGACCGGAUGCUGGAGGAGGGCAGCAGCAGCAGCGGCGGCGGCGGCGUGGCGGCCGUGGCGCGCGAGGAAAAGCGCCGCGCGUCCGAGGGCGGCCCCAACAUUCGCUGGGGCGUCAAGGGCUCCGUUCCGUGGAAGUCCGAGUCGCCGACAGAAGUGGUCAGCAAGUUCCGCAACUACGAAAUCUAAAGCGGAUUCGCGUAAAUCUCUUCUCGGAAAGAAGAAAGUAAUUUAAAAUAAAUAAAUAAUCGGUGUCAAUAAAUGUCCCUGUCGGAUUCAGGCGCGUGUGCCCCUCGGUGUUUCAACCCCUUUAUAACUCAAAAUCACACACUUAAUCUUGAUCAGAGGGAGAAAUAAAGCAAAAGACGGAAGAUCGGAAGUUCCUUGGAUUGAAAACAAUUAUUUAAUUAGAAGGAGUCUUCUGCGGUCGGCGGCCGAGCCUCUUUAAUAUAUUUGGGCGCAAACGCAUCACUAGGGUCAACUCAAGACUGAAAGGACUGACGGAGAGAACGCGACGAGAGAUGAUGAGAAUUGCAUUGAUCGAGUCCGCACUUUUACUUCCAUACAAAAAAUAUGAAAAAAAAAAUGCUCUCCUAUACUUAGCGGUUAGAUUUACACGCUCGAGAUUUUUGACAUUUGUGUGUGACCAAUAAUUGAUGUGUUAUAAAAAUAUAUUAUACAAAAAAAAUUAUAUAUGAACCUAUUUACACCUUCAAACAACACAAGUGAUCAAAAUAUAAAAAUCUGGGUAUAGCACGAUUCAGCACAAAAUGCUCAAGAUAAAUUCGCAACUUAUAUAUUUGAAAAUUAAAAAUUCCUUCUAAGAAUUUUGCCAAAUUUUACCCAGUUUGUUAAUUUGCUUCUAUGUCUUCAGUAUUUACAAAUUUUUCUCCAUAUUCUCCCCUUUUGCAAUUACAUGAACUGAGAUGUACUAAAAAUAAAACAUUCUAGCUGAUGAAAUGAUAUAAAACCUAUAUUUUUGCAUCCUGUAUCUUUAAAAGACCAAAAUUCCACGUCCAUCCUGGUCCAUCUCCUAUUACUGCGCUCACUGUGUUCAAAAUCCAUUUGUCAGAUAUUUUAAUAAUGUUCAUUUCAUGUUCGAAAAUCAAAUCUCAUUUCCAACACUUUUUUAAUCAAAUUAAGUCUCAUUGUGUGUCACCAUACUAUAUUUAUUAUCAAUGGAUUGUUGUUUCACAGACCUGAUGUUAUAAUAAAUUAAGAGAAGGAAAAUAAAAUAUGAAAAUGAUUGAAAAAAAUU